AUGACAAGUCCGGUGAAGAAGUCGAAAAAGAAAUCCAGUGAAGGGGAACUUGAUUUCGACGGAUUGUAUCCCAACCAUCUAGAUGCAAGAAAUAGGACAAUAGAUGAGGCUCAAACAUCAACUACUAACGGAGUUGUCAUGGAAGGAGGUGAUCUUGCUACUCAGUUACCUACGGCACAGACCUACAUGGAGGUUGCUCCAAUAGAGCCCGUGGAUUGUAGUGCAGCAAAUGUGCAUCUGAAGGUGUGA